CGUGUACCAGUCAAGCAAGGACAUUUUGAAGAAAAACAUGGCGUGACGCGUUCUGUUUUUCAAGGGAGUUAAUUCGUACCCAAAGCGGACUCGAUCUUAUUUUAUUUAUUUUUUUUCUCUGAGCUAAAUUCAAAAUGGCAGUUUCAAAGAGAUUGCUCCAGAUAGACCAUGGAGGAGCCUUCAGUGACAGAAGGAGUAGUGAUGUCUUCAGGGGUAGUGAUGUCAUCGGCACCUCCAGGUAUUACGGUCCAGAUUAUUCACAGUUCAUCAGGAAAUCUCCAGCAGCCAGUUGAACCUCUCAUACAGUCACUGUACCAAGAUGAGCCUGGUGUAGCGCAGACUCUGCUGGAUAUUGCACAGCCAGGACUGGUAUCUGUUGACCAGCAAGUUGUUGACUUGGGACAAGUAGGUCAAGUUGUGCAGCUGAGAGAACAUGAUCUACAAAAUAACCAGACAGUUCAGGAUCAGAAUGGUGGAGAAGCUUUAAUGGAAGAGGAUGGGAAAGCCUUAGAAGAUGAAAAGCAGCAAGUGGCAAGUGAAUUACGGUCACAGAUAGCAGAACUGUGUCAUCAGCUGUCAGAUUUAGGAGAGGAAUGUUUUCUCAUGUCACUUAGAAUAUCAGAUGGUACAUGUCACCAUGUGGGUUCAAUCAAGGGAGAUCACUUCUGUCUUCUACGGCAAGAAAUUGCGCAAGACUUCCACAACUUUUGCUUUGGUAUAGAAGAAAUGAGAGGAGAUGAAGAAGAAGACUUCCAGGAUAUGCCUGAUGAUACAGAAGCUGACAGUCAACAAGAUGAUGAUACCACUAAUCUAUUAGAUGACGAACAACAAGAACUUAUGGAUACUGAGAGUGUAACAGACAAACAGAAAUCUACACCAGUCAAGCCAAAAAUUAUUGUAUUAAAGAAGACAGCAGAUGGUAAGAGUACAGAGGUAGAUCACCAGUAUGUUACAACCAUAAAGAAAGAACCAAUUCCAGCAGCACCAGCUGAAGAUAAGGAGAACAGUAAAUCAAAUGUUUCCACCAGUAUUCUCUUCCUCUGUGAUAUCUGCAAGAGUGUCUUCAGUGAUAUCAAACAAUUAAGGCAACAUAAACUUAGCGAACAUGGUGAGAGUGACUUUGAAUGUGAGCAGUGCCCAAGGGUUUUCACAUUAAAGAAGACUCUAGAGCGCCAUCUAGCAGACGCUCAUGCCGAGGGUGAAGAACAUAAACAUCUGUGUGAUACCUGUGUUAUUGGGUUCAAAUCCAAGGAGGAGCUUUAUCAGCAUAUAGAAAGCAGCCACAAUAGAGAAAAGCCUAUGAAAUGUGAUGUAUGUGAACAGACAUUCCCUGACAUUCAGCGUCUAAUGGAGCACAGAAAAAUGCACUUUGAUUAUGCUUGUUUCUGUGACAAAUGUUGGCAGGGAUUCUUUGAUUACCUAGAACUUGAGGCACAUGUACAGUCAAACUGCAGAUACAAGGAAGCUCUGUUCAAGUGUGAUAUCUGUGGCAAGCGAUUUACUAAACUAGGAAGUAUUGGCAAGCACAUUGACACCCACCCUGUGCAUUCUCCUCAUGUAUGCAGGAUGUGUGGACGUGGGUUCGAAUCCGAGAAAGACCUCAAGUAUCACAGAAGUGGUGCGCAUAUAAUCAGGCCAUAUAAAUGUGAAUUUUGUGACAAAACGUUCAAGAAAAAGGACAGUCUGAUCGAACAUCGCCGACUGCAUAUUCGUAUUCCAAACAUGCCGGUACAUCGAGAAAUGGUCAUUUCUGCCGGAGGAGGUACCAGCACAUUUAUCGAUGUUGUAGAAGAUGAUGAUGAGGAAGGUUUCGGAGAUAAGUCUCAGUUUGAGUGUGAUAUGUGUGGUAUCGUUCUGAACACACAGAGCUUGCUAGAGCAGCAUAUACACCAGCACGAGACAGCAACCGAGCAGUAUAAAUGUGACCUCUGUAGCAAGAUCUUCUUCUCACUAGACCUCCUUAACAUCCACUGUAGAAGGGAGCAUAAGAUAAUACUCAACCCAAAGAAUGAUGGACCAAAUGUAGAUAUGAAUGAAGCCCAAAUGUGUGAGUGGGAGGGAUGUAGUAAGACAUUUUAUGACAGGACUAAGUUACGACAGCAUCUGAAGUACCAUGAACAGCGUGCAGACAAGAUAGCUCGAGGAAUAUGUGUAUUAAACAAGAAGUCUUCUACAACAUGUGAAGUAUGUGGGAAAGUUCUGAAGUACAAGAGUUACUUGAAAGCCCACAUGUUAAGUCACUACAAGGAGCAUCCGUACCAGUGUGAAAUCUGUGGACAGGCUUAUCCAAACCCAAAACGUUUGGAAGACCAUGUUAGAGUUCAUAAAGGUGAAAAGCCAUUCAAAUGUAGAGUGUGUGAGAAAAGUUUCACAUCAACUAGUCUGCGUAACCAGCAUAUGGUUGUCCAUUGGGGACAUAAGACAUAUAUCUGUGAUGUAUGUGGGAAGGGAUUUAUGAGUCGCAAACAUUUCAAAGACCACAUGAGAAUACAUGAUGGUGAACAACCUCAUAAGUGUGAAACAUGUGGCAAAGAUUUCAUCUAUUACAGGAGUUUAGUGAGGCACAUGUUAGUCCAUAUAGACCCGAGAGAGAGACCUAAGCCCUAUAAAUGUGAAUAUUGUAACAAAGAGUACACAGAGGUGACUGGCUUCAAACAUCAUAUGAGAGCUGUACAUACAGGUGAGACCCCAUUCCAAUGUGAUAUAUGUGGCGAAUCAUUUCACCGUAAUGAUAAACUGAAACGUCACAUAAAGUCUCGACAUCAUGUUGCCAAGGGCAACAAGGAACUGAUAGUGACAACAAGACGUGCGUCCCAUGGUGGUCCAGUGAUCGUGAAAGCAGAGAACGAGCACCAAGAAGACCUAUUACAGAUUGUAGAAGGCAGUGAAGUAGAGGGAGGACAGAAUGAGUUACAUGUAGAUGUUAUCCAGCAAGAGAGUGAUAGCCAACAGCAAGUCUUCCUUAUUGGUUUAGGUAAUGAAGGAGGAGAGACUACAUACCUACAGGAGACACAGGUAAUCGAGGGCCCAGACGGAACUAGGUAUAUCAUAGCAGGAUCUGGGGAGGAACUUCAGGUUAUAGAGUCUUCAAAUCUACAGCACGUUCAGGAGGGUGAAAUUGUAGAAGGUGGAAUCAUUCAACAGAUUCAACAAGUUGAACAUGUUAAAGAUGAGAGUAGUGGGAACAUUCUGGUGAUGAAUGAUGGUGGAGAACAAACACUGAGUACUCUUGCUAACAUGGCUAGUGAGGCACAAGUUGCACAACUGGAAUAAUUUAUAAAUAUUUUCAGUGCUUAUUGGUUGCAGUGUUAAGGACAUGAUGUGUGUGAACUUUUGAGGACUUGUGAAGUUUUAAGGCCAUCUGAAGUUUCUAGGACAUGUAAAGUUUAAAGGACAUGACAUUGUGUGCAUGCUGGACUUUACUGUUUUAAUUAAGACACAUGCAUGCAAGUUACAAUUAUGAGUAUUUUUGAGUUAGUAGUUAUUUACUAUCAAAGUCUACACCAGGAGAAACAUUCCCCAUAACUCUGUUCGAAUUUUGACAGAGUUAUUCCCCUUUUUAACUUAGAAUAUUUUUUGCUUUAAGUUCUUGAUAUAGUCAGAUACCUCUGUUACUAUAAAAGCUUUAGACUUGAAACCUUUAUUAGUUAUUUACUGUCAAAGUCUACAUCAGGAGAAAUAAUCCCCAUUGCUCUGAUUUGAAUUUUGACAGAGUUAUGCCUCUUUUUAAAUUAGAAUUAUUUGGUUGAAAUUUUAUGAAGUUUGUACUGGCAAAGCUCAAGUUCAGAGUCAAGCACUGAGAAAAGUCAAGUGCGCUGUCAUCAGACAGCUCUUGUUACUAUUUAGUAUUACGGUACACAAUUUACAGAAUUAUUAAAUGGCCAAUAAGAUAUUGCUCGGACUAAGGUUUUAAGACGUGGAUUUUUAGAAAACUAGUCAUUAAAAAGUAAACAAAUGCAUUUUUACUGUCCUUUAUAAGUAUUUGAAUCUUGUCUUGGAUGUUUUUAUUUGAAUCUGUUUAAAUGUACAUCAGAUGUAUGAAUGUUUUAUAUUGAGACCCUGAAAAUUUAAUAAGUCAGUUAUCAUUGAGCUUUACCAUUACCAUUGUGUUUACAUGUUUGAAAGCCCUUUAGCACAUUACAGGUUUAUUGACUACCUGGAGACUCCGAUGUUACUUCUUUAAAAUACAUUCUGCAUGUUACCAAAAAGAGUGUCUUGCUAAUUCUGGUAUUUUAAAAUUGUCAAACAAAUCGGUGUUAUUUAUAUCUACAUUUAUGAGGAUUUUAAGGAAGUUUAAGAAUUUCAUUUUUUGGUGUACAGAACUUGGAAUUGGUACUUAAGUUCAUGUUCUGUAUAAAAGUAACAACAGUAAGUUAUGAUGACUUAUACAAUGUUUUUGCAUGCUCAUAUGAUAUACAUGAAACUGAAGUUAAUAAAGUAAUGUUCUGUGCAUCUUGUACGAGCAGAUGUA